CUUUUGCUGCUGCUACUAGUAUUUCCCUGCUGGCUAAGAUAUCGUAAUGGCUCGUACUAAGCAAACAGCUCGUAAAUCCACCGGAGGAAAAGCUCCUCGAAAACAGCUUGCAACCAAAGCUGCCAGGAAAAGUGCACCAGCCACUGGAGGUGUUAAGAAGCCACAUCGUUAUAGGCCCGGUACUGUAGCUCUUCGUGAAAUCAGACGUUACCAGAAGUCUACUGAGCUUCUCAUUAGGAAGCUUCCCUUCCAACGUCUAGUCCGUGAAAUCGCUCAAGAUUUUAAGACAGACCUCCGUUUCCAGAGUUCUGCUGUUAUGGCACUUCAAGAAGCUAGCGAAGCUUACUUAGUCGGUCUUUUCGAAGAUACCAACUUAUGCGCCAUCCAUGCUAAGAGAGUGACCAUUAUGCCAAAGGACAUUCAACUUGCACGCCGUAUCCGUGGCGAGAGAGCUUAGAUGAGACUUUGCUAUAUUUCAACAACGGCCCUUUUCAGGGCCCAUAUUUUCUUCAGGAAUGUCUUCUCGCUGCUUGUGUUUGUUUUCGAUUUAUUACAACUUUAUUUAUGCGUACAAAACUUUUCUAUGCUACGUGAAGUGAAGUACCCUAACCACUUUUGUUACGAGAGAGUCCUACUUUUACUCGCUUUCCCGCUAGAAGAUAGUAACUGUCAGCAUGAAUUGCUUCAAUAAAGCUGAAACUGCUUUAGCAGAUGUCAUUGCGAAGCAAACUAACAUUUUUGUGCAAUAUAAUGGCUAGUUUCUUACAGGACGAACUAUUAAAAAUCUUUUACUCUAUGCAUUUCAUUGCUAUCACUUUCAAACACCAUAAUUUUUUUUACCCGCUUCGCGGUAACUGUAGCAUUUCGCUUCCGUUAGUUUCUUUUUUUUUUUUUUUUUUUUUUUUUUUUUUUUAGAUUUAAUUUCCCACCAAGUGUUUACAAAUGAAUUUCUAUUAUCGCUGGUGUUACGUUCCAAAACACUGCGAUAGAUGAAAAUACCUGAAGUACAGUACUGUACUACACAUUUUUAUUUUUGUAUAUAUUUUAUUAUCAAUGCGAAACACCAUGGAGUUAUUGACGUAAGCUAAGUAAUAGACCGAGAUGGUGUGGGGUUAAUGGACAUCUGGACUAGCAUACUCGUGUCGUCAAGACUUACAUGAGGUAUACAUGCAUGUGGUCUGAAUUCAAAUUCCAUCUACCAAAUCCACUGAGAAGGCUUUUGUAGGGCCUAAGAUAUAGACUAACUAUUAACAGAAUAUAGGCGUUGCUGUGGCUAGAAGCUGGCUUCCCUACUACAUGGUCCUGGUGGCACCUUGGGCAAAUGCCUUCUAUAUAGCUUCGCUAUAUACACAGGUUUAUAUACUCGUGUGAGUGCAUGAAUGUGUACGCACUCGUAUGCUUUCCCCCAACGUGAGGAACAUUAAAAUACUGACAUCCUUCGCCAAGAGAUUUCUAUGAGAUGUGAUGCCUGUGCGAACUGAAGGCAAGGAUUAUGGCAGCAUUCACCAAGUUAAACAAGGAGACCGUUCAGAAGAGCAGCAUAUUCCUAAGUCGUGUUGGGGGCCGUGGUUGAAGCCAAUGGGGAUUUUAUUGAAUUAGUAAUUCAAGAUAUUUUUUAAAUCUAGUUUAUUCACUGUACCCUGUAAAUAUAUAGGUAUGUGUAUGUAUAUGUAUCAAUAGAUGGUAUAACUAUAUUUAUAUACAUACCUACACAUGCAUCGUCCUUCCGUGUACCCCACUUUCUCUGGUUUAUAUGUAAAGGAGACUAAUGUAUAUAGACGAAGGCAUGGAUGUAUCGUUAGCUUCCCAAUACCAUAUUGAGCUGUUAUUUCUAGCACAAUAGUCAACCACUCCCGAUUUUUUAUUAAGUCGGUGAUACAAGGGAGAUAAUUCUGCAGAAAUAACUUAAAUAAUUGCAGCGUGGAAGGUGUUUAUAAGCUAUUUAUAAACAAAUUGUUUUAGUUCCAGCUCACGAUCUCAGAACAGACUUUAUUUAAAGCGUUGGCAACUUUUAGGCAGAGGCGGGCUGCACGAAGCAUGACUGGUGGGCCGCACUACUGAAAUUAUUAUUUUUUUUUUUUUUCGCUAGGCGUACUUUUCAGUAAUCUCUGGGCCGCAUUUUGCCCAUAACUAUUUUAGGUAGUCUUAGUCUCCGGAAUCGGUCCUUGUACUUAAAUCCUCUUGACCUACAAAACAAUAAGGGAGCUUCUAGAUACUUUUGCAAUAGGAUUGAACCUGGAACCAUGUGGUUGGGAUGCAACUUUGUGUCGUUAAUUGUUUGAAAAGAUUAAAAAAAAAAAGAACUUUGUUAAAUGUGUUUUUAAAGGAACGAAGGAAAGAAAACAGAACUUUCCAAAGAACUCUUGAAUGUACUUUGACUACACAACAUUUUUUCUUUUUAUUUUUUUUCGGCACGACUGGCUUCGUUUCGCUACUUCACCGUCCGGAGCGGGUUUC